AAAUACAACAGGCCCACAACUACGUUGAUAGGUUUAGGAUUAAAAUGGAAACUGAUCACGCAAGUUGGUUUAGGUUUAGAAGUUGGUUUGAUAAGAUUUUGAUUUCUGUUGAAUAUAAACCCUAAGAAAAACAUUACCAUACGUUGAUAAUAAACCCUAAGAAAAUCACGCAAGUUAAAGAUGGCCAACGACAGCAGCACCGACGGUUUAAGAGUCCCUACCCAAAGCUACGGUCGUCAAAACCAUCUCCGCCGCCGGAUAAGCCGAGAAACACUAGACUUAAUAAGCUCUUUACCUGAUGUGAUCCUACACGAUAUACUCUCCUUUAUGCCGACCAAGUUCGCCAUCAGAACUUCCCUCUUGUCAAAACGAUGGAGGCGUGUAUGGUGCGAAACACCGUCUCUUUCUUUUGAUAAGUGUAGUCCGGAGUCUCCUUCUCUAAACGAAAUCCUAACACGUUACACAGCUCCCAAGAUGGUGAAUUUUCACCUCCAUACCAUCGUGAUGAACAAUAUUCCCCACCACAUCAACAGGUGGAUCAAGUUAGUCAUGUCCCGUAACGUGGAGAAUAUUUCCCUGGAUUUAUGGAAUCAUGUUGGGUAUAAGUUUCCUGAUUUCUUCUACAUCAAUUCCUCUGUUAAGCAAAUCCGCCUUAAAUUAAGCCCUCGUGAUAUGAUGGUUCCUAGAGGCUCAGUGUCUUGGACAUCUCUGCGGAAGUUGUACUUGGAUAGUUCUAGUCUUUCUGAUGAAUCCAUGGCUAAGAUUCUAUCUGGUUGUCCGAGUCUUGAGAGGUUAAAGUUGUGUUUCUGCAAUGCACUCAAGAUUCUUGAUCUCAACAAAUCAAUGCGUCUGAGAACAUUGGAAAUAAACAGCGACCCUCAGUUCCCCCGGACACUACAGAUUGUGGCACCAUAUAUCCAUUGUCUCAUAUUGAAAAGCUCUCAUCAUUUACCAUGUGUUUUAGUUGAUGUCUCGUCUUUAGUCGAAGCUAGACUGAACAUUAGCAUUGCAUCAGUUUCAAAAACAAAGAAUGAUAGUCUUCAAGUCAUGGUGCUAAAUAUGUUAGAAAAGUUGCAGAACGUGGAGAAGCUUACUUUUGUUGGGGGAAAUUUGCUUAAGAUAUUAUCUAUGGCCGAGCUUCGUGGUGUUCCUUUUCCGAUGUUCAAGUUUAAGUCUUUGACUCUUGAGAGAGUGAUCUUUCGGUAUGUUAUUCCUGGUAUAGAAAGAGUGUUAAAAAACUCACCUAAUUUAAAGAAGCUACACACAAAGGAUUGCUACCAUAAACAGCGUGUGUAUCUUGGCGACUACGUGGAUUUGCAAGCCUUUAAUCUGGAUCAAUGUUGGAGAUCAAAAUAUGGUGAAGUUUGGUACAAUUCAUGUUUGGAUGUAGAGCCAGAGCACGUUGUUUCAUUCAUGGACCUUACGCUUAAAAAUACAAAGGCAUUAAUUAGACAAGAUGGUCUACUGUUGGAAGACCAUUACCUUAGGUUUAAAGAGCUGGUGCCAACACUUCCUCACAACUGUAAUGUCUCUGUUGCCCUCUAUACCAAGCCGUAA